CACUAAGACAAAAGAAGAAGAAGAAGAAGCAGCAGCGUUUGGUCAGCUGACAUCUAACGUAGAGGCAGUCGGUACGCAUGCCGCGGAGGUAUUGCAAACGACGGUCAAAAUCACUGAAUCCAUAAGUAUUUUGUUAAAGAUUUCGUCUUUGUCAGGUUAUUUUUAUGGUCAUUGUCUUAUAAAAAUGCCACCACUAAAGGAUAUAGCCGUGUUUACUCUGCUCUAAGCAGAGACUAUGUUGAGACUGCUUGGGGUUUUUAGUGUUGUACGCAGGGCUUUCUGUGACGCCGCAGAAGAGAUGGGCAAGAAAGGAAACUUUUUCUACGCUGUGAGGAAAGGAUUCAGACCAGGAGUAUACCAAACAUGGGAGGAAUGUAAACAUCAGGUGGAUAAGUUUCCCUCUGCGAUUUUUAAGAAGUUCGCUUCUGAACAGGAUGCUUGGGCCUUUGUGAGGAGUCAGUCAGCAGCAGCAUCUUUUGGGAGACCAAAAGGAUGUGACUAUGAGGUCCUGCCUUCUAGAAAUGUGCCUGAUGCCUCAAUGGCUGUUCCUCUUGGACGUAAAAGGACAUAUGAGGACUCUGAUGAUGAUGAGGGACUGUCCUAUCCAAAACGAGUGAAACUCACUGAGGUCAGUAAUGUGGCUGAGAGGCUUCCAGGGAGACAGACCAACCAAAGAGCAGAACUGCAGGCUGCUUGCAAGGCACUCGAGCAAGCCAGAGAAAAUAAUUUUAAAAAGGUUGUGCUAUACACGGACAGCAAGUUCACCAUUAAUGGCAUUACAAGUUGGGUUAAGACUUGGAAGUCUAAUGGCUGGAGGCUUAAAGGUGGUGGGGCGAUAGUCAACAAGGACGACUUCCAAAAGCUGGAUAAACUAAACGCAGAACUUGAGGUCGUAUGGAUGCACAUUCCAGGUCAUGCUGGCUAUACAGGCAAUGAGGAAGCAGACAGACUGUCCAGGGAGGGAGCAGCAAAGCCCUUGUGUUAGUCCACUGUUGCCACGUUCAUUUUAUAAUGCUACAUUUUGUUUUAGGUGCCUAGGAUGAGGUUGUAGUUUGUUUACCCUUGAUGGCUAAUGCACUUUUUCCUUUUUCUUUUUCUUUUGUUGGGCUAGUGUUGUAAUGUUCUAAAUAACACUCGAAACAAGAUUUCUUCUUUUCUGAAGAGCAGUGCUUAUCCAAAAUGUUUGUUUAUGAUUGUUCUGUCAAUUAAAUUGUCAUAUAUAUUGUUCCUGAGAUUGAUUGCUGGUACUUAUUUUCCCAUCUCUCAGAAAUAUAAGCACUUAGAACAUUUUUGGAUGCAUUACAAGUGACAAAAAUAAUUGUAGUGAGUGUACCGGUGUAAGUCUCCAACCUGGCUAAUAUUCUGCCACCGUAAUGUAUUAUUGAUUCUUUAUCUCUGAAUGCAUCAUCUUGCUCUUGAUUUCAGCAAGGUGUUUUAAGUUAAGAAAUGGUCAUGGCUCUCAAAUGCACCAGCGCUGAAAUGCCUCAG